CUCUCUCACACACACACACACACGUACAAACACACACUCUCUCUCUCUCUCUCUCUCUCUCUCACACACACACACACAUACAAACACACUCUCUCUCUCUCUCUCUCUCUCUCUCACACACACACACACACACUCAAAGAGAGAGAGAAACUCCGAUCAGAACACUGUUAUGCCACGACAGCGACGAUUUGUCUGCGAUUAUCGGUUAAAGGGAAAACUUUAGCUCGGGUGAAGUUUUUAAAACCGGAAGUUGAGUUGAGAAAUGAGUUUAAACGAACACUCUCUGCAGGCUCUGUCAUGGAGAAAGCUGUAUCUGAGCCGAGCCAAGCUGAAGGCCACCAGCAGGACCUCAGCACUUCUCUCCGGCUUCGCCAUGGUGGCAAUGGUGGAGGUGCAGUUGGAGCGUGAUUACGAGUACCCACCCCUCCUCCUGAUCGCGUUCAGCGCCUGCACCACAGUGUUGGUUGCAGUCCACCUCUUCGCUCUGAUGAUCAGCACUUGCAUCCUGCCCAACAUCGAGGCCGUGAGUAACGUCCACAACCUGAACUCGGUGAAGGAGUCUCCUCACGAGCGCAUGCACCGUCACGUGGAGCUGGCCUGGGCCUUCUCCACCGUCAUUGGCACCUUCCUGUUCCUGGCCGAGGUUCUGCUGCUCUGCUGGGUCAAGUUCCUCCCGCAAAAAACGCCGCCGAAAAACCAGGAUGGUCAAACCGACACGUCGGCCUCAAACUCCACCGGGAUCAGCCCUGGAGAAGCCGCCGCCUAUGCCUCCACCUCCAUCAUUGUCCCCUGUGGCCUCGUCUUCAUUGUCUUUGCCGUCCAUUUUUACCGCUCACUUGUCAGCCACAAAACCGACCGGCAGUUCCAGGAACUCGAGGAGCUUUCCAACAUCACCAGGCUUCAGAACCAACUCGACAAUCGAGUGGAGGCUCCCAGCAUCCAGAACGCUCCUGCGCUCUUCCCCUGAAUCCUCGCCGUGGCAACCGCAUGGCAAUCAGCACGGCGUUACAUGUUAGUGUUUUUAUAAAAGACGGAAAUUCUUCGUGCUAAAAGAAUCGACUCACUUUCUUUUCCUGUUAAUGUUUUGGUUUCACAAGUGGGUAGGGGUCUAAAAAGUAGGAGCUACUUUACAGCUAGCCAAACUGAGGCUAGAUUUUUACUUCUUCUAAAUGAUUAUAUAGUCGCUGUAGUUACAACUUCAGAUACGUAUCAUUCUGAUAUCAUGUUGUUUUUGAGAUCAAGACAGCGAGAACCUACAGUUAAAUGUGAACUUGUAAUUUUGGCAGAAGUUUCUGAAAACGCUGUCUAAUGUGCCUUAAUGAGUCACUAUUUGCUAAUGAGCUAGUUAACUGUCUGCUGAAAGAGAAGAACUAGGUAAGUGGUUAAAUGGAGACGUCAAACCUCCGGUUCACAUCUGCGCUUUUUUCACUGAACUGAAGACGUCCAGACCUGCGGCCAAAUUCAUGCUAAUUUAUUUCUGUCCAAACUAAUAAAUUUAAUCAGGUCAAAAAAAGUUAGUUAGUGAACCAACAAAAUGUAAGAAGCUAAAACUGAGCAAUAAGCUAAGCAAAACUUUUAUUAAAUUCAUCUUGAUAAACUAUAUUCAUGCUAAUGCGCUAAUCAAAGUAACACAGGAGUUUUUAUUCUGCUUGAUUUUUGGAUUUUUGUGUUGCAGUAUUCGUCAUUUUUAUAAUAAUUUUAUCUGGUUCUGUUUGUGGUGGUUUACAAACUGAUCUGAAUCUGAUCAAAAUCUGAUCUAGCGGUUAUCGUGCAGGAUGUAAAGAUAGAUAGUCCCCUUGUGUUAGUGCCCUUCCCUCAGUGCCCUUGUGUUAGUGGCCUUGAGUUAAUGCCCUUCUGUUAGUGCCCUUGUGUUAGUACCCUUCUCUGGGUGCCCUUCUUAGUGCCAUUCCCUUAGUCCCCUUGUGUUAGUGCCCUUGUGUUAGUGCCCUUGUGUUAGUGCCUUUGUGUUAGUGCCCUUGUGUAAGUCCCCUUCCCUCAGUGCCCUUGUGUUAGUGCCCUUCCCUCAGUGCCCUUGUGUUAGUGCCCUUUUCUCAGUGCCCUUGUGUUAGUGCCCUUGUGUUAGUGCCCUUCCUUCAGUGCCCUUGUGUUAGUGCCCUUGUGUUAGUCCCCUGCGCCCAGUGGCCUUGUGUUAGUGUCCUUGUGUUAGUGCCCUUGUUUGAGUGCCCUUCCCUCAGUGCCCUUGUGUUAGUGCCCUUCUUGAAGUGCCCUUGUGUUAAUCCCCUUCCCUAAGUGCCUUUGUGUUAGUGCCCUUCCCUCAGUGCCCUUGUGUUAGUGCCCUUCCUUCAGUGUCCUUGUGUUAGUCCUCUUCCCUCAGUGCCCUUGUGUUAGUGCCCUUCCAUCAGUGUCCUUGUGUUAGUCCUCUUCCCUCAGUGCCCUUGUGUUUGUGGCCUUCCCUCAGUGCCCUUGUGUUAGUCCCCUUCCCUCAGUGCCCUUGUGUUAGUGUCUGUAAUGUGAUCAUUCAGUCAGUGUUGAAUUAGCUCUGUUUAACCUGCUGAUCCUCUACAGAUGAAGAGUUUCUCUGUUUUUGGAUGCAGACUCAUGCUGUAGAUCUCUGAGGUGUUUAAUUCUGCUCACCAGCUUUAACCCUUUAUUCAGUAUUUCUGUGAGUAUUUACACCGUGUGAGGUGACUGGAGAUUCUGCUGACUCUUUAUUCAACCUCCAUCUUCAAAACCAAACCCAUAAUGUUCCUCAUUUAUUUUCUUCAUAUUUAAAACUCUGAAACUCAGAGCAGGUUAUAAAGACAGGACACACCUUUUCAAUCCUAAUUUUUGUUAAGUUGUCAUGUUUUAUAUGUUUCUGUAUCACAAUAUUAUAUUUAAUGUGUGUAUAUUUUAUCAGAUGUUAACUAUAAAUCACACCAAAGUCUCUGUAGUGAAUAAAUAAGAAUUCAAUGC